UUGCUUUUGUCUCUUUAAAUUUAUUGCAUUAUUUUAAAUUAUUUUUUUUAUUUUUUUUUUCUCAGAGAUGUCAUCACUGCUCAGAGAGGAGAUGCAGAGGGUCUUGUUCAGACCAGAAAAACAGAAAAUGGUGGAGUUUAUAGAGAUUGAGGAGGAAAAAAGUGGACGACAUUUCCUCUGUGUGUCCAUAUCUAAGAACAAACAAGUACUGAUUUCAGUGGUGCAGUGUGAAAAAGUGCGUCAUAUCAAAAAUAAGAAAUCCCAUCGCAUCGGACUGGAAGACCAGUACGUGAGGACGGAGAUGUGGACUCUUGAAGAACUGAGGAUUCUGGAUGGGAGAGACCCUGACAUAGAUGAUCCCUGCUUUCUGAUGCACUUCGACAAGGUGCGUCCUGUGAAGGCAAUAAACUGUGCUGCAAAGUAUUGUCUGGCCCGCUGUCUGGUUGCUCUUAGUGAAUCACAUCAGCACACUGAAUUACAUCUUCGGAACUUUGACUGGACAUACAUUAAGCCGACGUCCAUAUACUCGAACAGAGGUGACUGCAUGGUUCUAAUGCGGGUCUGCUUCUAUGCCUUUAACCUGGUGUGUCUCUCCUUGUGUCCCGUACCUUUGUAAAUCUGGGUUUGAACGUUUGGAUUCUUGCUCCGGACGGCACACCACUAACAUGGACAAAUCCGUCAUCGGAAUGCGUACUGGGGAAAGUGAUUAGCAAGUCUCCUAGUGGGCAAACCUUUCACAUGGUGGAAUUAAAAAGAAAAACGUCAGGCUUUCCUGAACUGAAUUAUGUUGUCUUUUGCACAUACUGUAUCUCAAUAUCAAAGUUCUAGCUUUGUAAAGACUGGGUUACCACCAUAUGGGAAUUCUAAUUCCUCUGAGACAUAACAACACAGUAUUAGUCUAAAUGCA